GGCGGACGCCGGUUUCCCGCGGUCUGAGGUGGCGCGGGAGGAGAAUUGCUCUUAAAGGGCCAGCGUACGCUCGUCCUUUUGUUCCGGGGCCGCAGGGCGGGGCAGGCCCAACUUUCGUUGUCUCCCUGCCUACUCUCCAGAGCCGCCAUGAUCUCCCAGUUCUUCAUUCUUUCCUCCAAAGGGGACCCGCUCAUCUACAAGGAUUUCCGCGGGGACAGUGGUGGUCGGGAUGUGGCCGAGCUCUUCUACCGGAAGCUGACGGGACUGCCCGGAGAUGAGUCCCCGGUUGUCAUGCACCACGAUGACCGUCAUUUUAUUCACAUCAGACACAGCGGCCUCUAUUUGGUGGCCACGACUUCAGAGAACAUUUCUCCCUUCAGCCUCCUAGAGCUGCUCUCCCGGUUGGCCACUCUCCUGGGCGAUUACUGUGGCUCCUUGGGCGAGGGGACCAUCUCCCGCAACGUGGCUCUUGUCUAUGAGCUCCUGGAUGAAGUGCUGGACUAUGGCUACGUGCAGACCACAUCCACAGAGAUGCUGAGAAACUUCAUCCAGACAGAGGCUGUGGUCAGCAAGCCCUUCAGUCUCUUUGACCUCAGCAGUGUUGGCUUGUUUGGGGCUGAGACACAGCAGAGCAAAGUGGCCCCCAGCAGUGCAGCCAGCCGCCCUGUCCUGUCCAGCCGCUCUGACCAGAGCCAAAAGAAUGAAGUGUUUUUGGAUGUGGUCGAGAGGCUGUCUGUACUGAUAGCAUCUAACGGCUCGCUGCUGAAGGUAGACGUGCAGGGAGAGAUCCGGCUCAAGAGCUUUCUUCCCAGUGGCUCUGAGAUGCGCAUUGGCCUGACAGAAGAGUUUUGUGUGGGGAAGUCAGAACUGAGAGGUUACGGCCCAGGAAUCCGGGUGGAUGAGGUCUCAUUUCACAGCUCAGUGCUCCUUGAGGAGUUUGAGUCUCAUCGAAUCCUCCGCUUGCAGCCCCCUCAGGGCGAGCUGACUGUGAUGCGGUACCAACUCUCAGACGACCUCCCCUCCCCACUCCCCUUCCGGCUCUUUCCCUCUGUGCAGUGGGACCGAGGCUCAGGCAGGCUCCAGGUUUACCUGAAGUUACGAUGCGACCUGCCCCCGAAGAGCCAAGCUCUCAACGUCAGGCUGCACCUUCCCCUGCCGCGAGGGGUGAUUAGCCUGUCUCAGGAGCUGAGCGGCCCUGAACAGAAGGCAGAGCUCGGGGACGGAGCCCUCCACUGGGACCUGCCUCGGGUGCAAGGCGGCUCCCAGCUGUCAGGCCUUUUCCAGAUGGAUGUUCCAGGUCUCCCUGGGCCUUCUGGCCAAGGACCCUCCACCACGGCCCCUCCGCUGGGGCUGGGCCCCGCCAGCCUCUCUUUUGAACUUCCCCGGCACACGUGCUCUGGCCUCCAGGUGCGCUUCCUCAGGCUGGCGUUCAGACCCUGCGGCAAUGCCAACCCCCACAAGUGGGUGCGACAUCUGAGCCACAGUGAUGCCUAUGUCAUUCGGAUCUGAGGCUCCCCAGACGAGGAUGCGGGCAGCAAAGGCAGUAGUCUGUGGAACCAGAGAAGGAUGAUACUGUCUUUUCCACCCUUCCAGACCGUGGUCAUGGACCUGGAUGAAAUGUCUUGAGUCCUGAGAGUCCAGGAGACCAGUCCUAGUUGACAUAUUUGACCUUCCUGUGGUACCUGACACAGGAAAGGCCGGGGUGGAUCAGAAUUUACAAAUCAAACUUUUAUUCUGAGGAACUGGCUGUACAAUAUCUAAAAGUAACAUGGAAGAAGCAAACCAUUACUUCCUUCCACCUAGCGUGCGUGUGUGUGUGUGUGUGUGUGUGUGUGUGUGUGAGAGAGAGAGAGAGAGAGAGAGAGAGAGAGAGAGAGAGAAAGAGAGGGAAUCGGGGAGAGAAGAAGGUUGGCAGAUGUGUGACAGCAUUAAGGCGCAGGCUGAGGGGAGCCAGAGCCAGGGGGCUGGGAGCCAUUAGUUUUUGGAGUCCCUGGAGCUGGAGGGGGGCUAUCCCCAGCUUCCUGUUUCCCCCCACAAAGGGCACUGCCCCCAAGCGGGGAGGGGGCUGAGGAUGGGGCAGGAGCUGGAGAAGGAUGGGAGGUGGGGCCUCCUUUGCCCUCCCCUGUAGGAGGAAGAGAGACCACGAUGUACUUCUGGACGCUGCCCGGACCAGAGGGAGCAGUGCUAGGGGGUGCGGUGGUGGCAGUAGAGACCAGCUUGACGAUGGGCUGCACGCUGGGGACCGUGGUGGUGACGGGAGAGGUAGUGGUGGAGCCUGAGCCAGGGGCUGAGGUGCUGAGGGACAGGACCUGGGGGGAGAAAGGAGAGGCACUGCCUGGGGGAGAAUUCAUCUGUUCCGGCAGAAGAGCUGAUGAUUCAUUCACCUGCUCAGGUGCCUGUAGGCCUGAGACCUGAGCUCAGGAUGAGCAGCUAUGCCUUAUGGCCUCCGUGAAGUGCUCCUUCCUGCUCCUGUCUUUAGGCCCAGGGGGGACUGGGCUCUACUCUGGGGCCCCCAGGGUACUUGGAGGUAACCCUGGUCGUGCUCCGCACCUUCCCCAGUCCCACCUGGGUCCCAGUACCUGUUGAGUGGAUGAGGCGCUGGAGGAUGAGGACAUGACAAUAAACUUGGUUGGAGGAGGGGAAGGCUGAGGCGGGGCGGCAGCUCGCGCAGACACCAAGGUCUGCACAGGCAGUGCAAUGGAGCCAGGGACCUUCAGCAAGCCAGGGGUCCGAGGGCCAGGCUGAGGGGCCUGGGAGAGGGUCAGCGUGGGCCGGGGCUGCACAAAGAAGAGGCAGGAAGGAAAUGUGAAAAGGAGGGGCACUUAUUGCUGCUCCUCAGAGGGUCUCCCUUGGGUUGAAGAAUCAUCCACUAAGGGGACUCAGACCCCCCCAAGUCUCACUCAGAGGGCCCUGUGUUUUACAAAAGCAAGCGCGCAUCUGUGGCCACCCUGAAGGGAACCAUGGCCCUGUCCCCCCUGCUUGCCCCCUUCCCACGUUUCCUCAUCAGACCCCUCUUCCCCCCAGUCCCUGACCUGAGUGAUGGUCAGAGUGGUCCUGUUGACCUGCUGAGCCUGCAGAGCAGCCUGGGCCCGGGCCUUGACAACAUGAGAGCAGAGGAGGGGCCCGAGGGACCCAAAUUCUGCCCGAUAGGCGUCUUGAUUGUCAGGUGGUAGGCGCAGCUUUGCCAGAACAGGGGCACAGUGUUUCUGCAGAGAAAGCAAAGAAAAACAAGGUAGGUGGAGAGCUGGGACGCUCAGGAAGUGACAAGGAAGGGGUGAGAAAGGAAACUGCCCAUUACUCCAGUGCGUUGUGUUGCAGGCCAGUCUGCUGGGCUGGCAGUGUGUGUGAGGAACCCCAGGCAGCACCAGUGUGGAUGGGGAAACUUGCUGAAAACACCUGUGAUUUCUAAGGGGUGGCUGGUCCACAGGGGGAUGCCCUGCUUGGAAUGCAGCACAGUGAUGGGGAAGCCUCGGGGGCGGUCCAGUCUAGGCAGGGUCACAGGCUGACAGUUAAGGUCUCUUAUUUCUUACUUAACCUCUUGCCUUUGUCUCUCCGUCUGCACAACAGUAUUGGGCUCAGAACACAUGAGGCAAAUGCGAUGAGUGAAUAAAAGACAACAGCUGUUUACUGA